UCUGUCUUAUGUGUAAUUUCGAUUUAUUUCAUUUGUCGUCGUCAUUACCUCAUUUUUUUUAUUUUUCUUGUAUAUGUAUAUAUGCGUUAGCAAUUAGCAUAUCUACUAUAUUCAUUUACCUUUGAUCUCUCCUGAAUUUGUGUUCUAUGUUGAAGUGUCGUAUUUUUGUAGACAUCAGAUUAAAUAGAUUUCCAAGAUGGGCUUUAUAUUUGGAAUUCUAAAGAGAUUAAUUAAAUUAGUAAUAUAUUUUGCAGUAUUUGCUGCAAUAAUUGUUUUUAUUCCAAAUUUGCCACCAUAUACGAAGUUCACAGCUAUAAAGUUGGAAGCAACCCUACCACAGGUAGGACCACUUGCAAUCAAUGGUGCUUUGAAUAAUGCUGAGAAACUUUAUAAUGGAAAGUUACUUGGUCCAGAAGCAUUCCAACUGCACAAUGGUGAAGUGUACACUAGUUUAGCUACGGGUGAAAUUAUGAAAAUUUCACCAGGUGGUCACCUUACAUUUGUGACUCAAAUUGGAAAACCAUGUGCGGGCAUUCAUCAAGAACAUAUUUGUGGAAGACCACUUGGUUUUGCAAUCGACGAGAAAAAGAAUACAUUGUAUACAGCAGAUGCAUAUCAUGGCAUUUGGUCAGUGGAUUUAAAUACUGACAAGAAGCAACUCUUAGUAUCGCCUAAUGUUGAAAUUGACGGGCGAAAACCAAAGCUAUUUAAUAGUGUUGCACUAGCUAAAAAUGGAGAUUUAUAUUGGACAGAUUCAUCCAGUGAUUUCCAUUUAAGAGACGGCGUCUACUCAGUACUCGCUGACCCUAGAGGAAGGUUGUUGCAGUACAAUUUCGCCACAAAGAAAAAUACAGUUCUUCUCGAUGAUCUGUGGUUCGCAAAUGGCAUUGCUAUUUCUUCUGAUGAUCAGUUUAUAGUUGUGGCAGAAACAGGACGUCUCAGGCUUCAGAAGUAUUACAUUAACGGGCCCAAGAAAGGGCACUCAGAAGUUUUUAUAGCAGGCUUGCCAGGUACGCCAGACAAUCUACGUGCUUUACCUGACGGCUCUGGAGUGCUAGUUUCACUGUUUACCACAAUUGAUGUUGACCAACUGAAGAUCUACCAAUCCUUCUCAGAGGCACCCUUGGCCAGGAAGUUUAUAACACGGCUGAUUAAACUGAUUGAGCUACCAUUUGAGUAUCUCAAUACUUUGUACCCACAUGUUAUUUUGGAAGAAAUUGUUCACAAUAUUGGUAACUUCAAAACUACUAGCAAAUUUCAUUUAGGCAACUCAGGCUUAUUACAGUUAGACUGGAAUAGCAAUAUUGUUGCUUCAUACUACAACACAGAUGGAACUUUCCCUGCACUUAGUGAUGCUAUUGUGUUUGACAACAAAUUAUAUUUGGGCGCUCCACACAAUGUUGAAUACAUUGGUGCGGUACCUGUUCCUCCAGGUUUGAAAAAGGCGUUUUCCUCGACCACAAAGUUUUCAAACAACAAUGCUGCUAAAACUUCGUCAAAUACUGAUAAUGCUAAACCAGUUAAAAAGGCUGAAGAAAAACUUCAGGAUAAACCAAAGGUAGAGGAGAAAAAACCUGUAAAUGUUGAAAAACCCGUUACAUCAGGCACAAAUCAAAAAGCUCAAGCUCAGCAACAAGCUAAGCCAGUUCCACCAAAACAACCUGAAGUAAGGACUCAGUCUCAAGCUCAACAACAAGCUAAACCAGUACCUCCAAAACAACCUGAAGUGAAGAGUCCAACCCAGGCUAAGCAACAAGAUAAACCGGUACCUGCAAAACAACCUGAAGGCAAGAACCCAGCCCAGACUCAACAGGAAACCAAGUCAGUGCCUCCACAACAACCUGCAGGAAACAAACCAAAUGUUAAAGUUGAACCAACAGUCAAAGCCUCAAAUACACAAUCAGGCAAUAAAGAUAAGAAUACAGCUCCCGAACCACAAAAGCCUGUUAAAGUUAACCCUUCAAAGUCUCCUGGUAAUAAACCAGUUCCUGAGCAAAUACCAAUCAGGGAGGAGAUUCCAUCAGAUACUGUUAAACCUAGCAAAGAAACACUUAAAGUGAUAAAAAAAGAUGGACCGACGGAAAUACCUAACCCCAGUGUAUAAUCUGGUAGACAUAUAUUAUACCUGGUUGUGUUUUAUAGAGCAUGUAUAGAGACUUAUUUAUAAAAAAAGUAAAUCGAACAACAUUUUUGAGAAAAUUAUUAACAUAAUUGUACAUUUU